CGCCCCGCGCGCCCGCAGCCACCGCGGCACAGAGGCUGAAGAGGGAUUGCCAGAGUGUUGUGGCCACUGGAGAUUUGGAUGGUUACAGCAGUCUGUUGAGUUAUUUCAUUUUUGUCAUAUUCAACAUCUCAGCAGAGUGGAGAUUGCCAGAUACUUUUUGAUGUCUUGUGAGUCUUCAACAAAGAUUAGUGGAGCCUUGACAUUGAGUUGGGACAGUGGUACAUCUUCUUGGGAGAGGCCAUUGUGUGUUACAGUUCCAACCUCCUCAUCAUAGUAAAAGUGCUCCCUCUGGUAUUGCCUCUUGAGAAUGGCAUUUCCUGUGGAUUUGUUGGAUAAUUGCAGUCAUGAGGAAUUGGAAAAUUCUGCUGAAGAGUACAUGUCAGAUUUAAGAUGUGGGGACCCUGAAAAUCCAGAACGUUUUCCUCUUCCCAGUGUUACGAUUCCUAUUAGUCUGUCAAAUGUAGGCUUUGUACCUCUUUAUGGUGGAGAUCAGACCCAGAAAAUUCUUGCUCUUUUUGCUCCUGAGGAUUCACUCACAGCUGUGGCUCUUUACCUUGCUGAUCAGUGGUGGGCUGUUGAUGAUAUUGUGAAAACAUCUGUUCCAACUAGAGAAGGACUUAAGCAGGUGAGCACUCUUGGGGAAAGAGUGGUUCUGUAUGUUCUGAACCGCAUUAUUUAUAGGAAACAGGAAAUGGAGAGAAAUGAGAUCCCAUUCCUGUGUCAUAGCAGUACUGAUUAUGCUAAGAUUCUGUGGAAGAAAGGAGAGGCCAUUGGGUUUUAUUCAGUUAAGCCUACAGGAAGCAUGUGUGUUUCGUUUCUUACCCAGAGUUACCAACUGCCAGUUCUUGAUACCAUGUUUGUAAGAAAGAAAUACCGAGGCAAAGAUUUUGGGCUUCAUAUGCUGGAAGACUUUGUUGAUUCCUUUACAGAAGAUGCCCUUGGUUUGAGGUACCCUCUGUCUUCUUUCAUGUACACAGCAUGCAAACAGUACUUUGAAAAGUAUCCAGGAGAUCAUGAACUCCUUUGGGAAAUUGAAGGUGUUGGACACUGGUAUCAGAGAAUACCAGUCACCAGAGCAUUACAGAGAGAAACACUUAAAAUCACAGCAAUUUCUCACAGUGAAGCAAGAAGACCUGUGUCUGGAGAAUAUGGUCUUGUAACUGUUGCAGAAUAUGAAACAGGAUCUGAAGACAAUCAGUCUAAUGAGAUGCAGCUAACUAUUGAUUCUCUGAAAGAUUCCUUUGCAAGCACUUCUGAAGGUCUUGAAAAAACACUUGCUUCUACUCGUACCCGGGGCAGUCAUUUGAAACGGCCAAAGAUUGGAAAGCGAUUUCAGGAUUCUGAAUUCACUAGUUCUCAAGGUGAAGAUGACAAGACUUCUCAGACUUCACCUGCAGCUUCAAUAAAUAAAUUAGAGUCCACUGUGCGCGUAUCAGAGAGCUCGGAAGACCUCCUGGAAGAAGACCCAGAGCAGAGAACAGUUGAUUUGGAGGAUGAAAGCGGUGAUAAAGAUGCACGGCCCACACCUGAAGCACAGCCACAGCUAGAGAAGCAAGAUGGUGAAAAAGAUUCUGAAGUGGAACCUAUGAAUGGUGAGAUACUGGAUGAUACUCUUAAGACCUCACUUGUAACUGAAGAGGACGACUCUGGUAGUGAACAAGAAGGAUUGAAACUGCAGUCUUCUAAUUCCAGUGAAGAUGCUGUAAAUAGUGUUCUGGUGGCAGAGCCUUCAAAAGCUGAGACUGGGGCACUAGAUAAAACCCCACUCAUAGCUGACUCAGAAAUGUUGAUAGCCCAAGGCACAUCUGAUGACAAGGCAUUCACUGAGGAGAAACUACCUCCAGCUCCAAAAAAGAAGGCACACUUGGGGAAUUCAGACAAUAUUGAAGAACGAGUUGACAGUGAUUUUCCUAACUCUGUGAUACCGGAAUUGUCUGAAGAACCGGUCUCUGAGAAUUUAUUACCCAACACUACUUCAUCAUUGGAAGAUCAGGGUGAGGCGGGCACUGAGCCCCGGGAAGCCUCUACUGCUCUUUCUCAGAGUUCUGUGAUAGAGGUUGAACUUGAAGAUGUGCCAUUUUCACAGAAUGCAGGACAGAAGAACCAGUCAGAGGAGCAGUCUGAAGCAUCAUCGGAGCAACUGGAUCAGCUUACGCCGUCUGCAGAGAAAGCAGUGGAUAGCAGCUCGGAGGAGAUGGAAGUGGAAGUGCCUGUGGUGGACAGGCGGAAUUUAAGAAGAAAGGCCAAAGGGCACAAAGGACCUGCUAAGAAGAAAGCCAAGCUGACCUGAGUGAAGAAGAGAUGUGUGGGAUAAAUCCUCUUUGUACCAUAAUUUUUUAAAUAUUGUAAUUAAUAAAUAGCAUGGGGGUACGUGAGAAAAAUUUCCAAAAUUUCAAUUUGAACUUAUUUACAAUGCAGUUUUCUCUUCUUUAGGAUCUUAGAUUCAGCGUUCUCUUUAGGUUUUCAGGCUCUGUGUAAAUACUGUUUUUUAUUUUUAUUAAUUAUUUCAAUUUUGGGAAACUAGAUCAUAUUAUAUUUUUCUUUAGCAAGCGAAA